GCCGAAGAGUCUGUUGAUAAAAAAGAAAUCGAAGAAUGCUGGAAUGCAUGUUUGCUGAAAAAAAUAGUUGAUCAUUAUAACGAAGUCAUCAAAAAGAAUGUAGAUGAAGAUACAUUUUGUACAGACUUCAAUUCACUUAUGACAGAUUUUACAAGACAACAGUUUGAUAAAUAUGAACAUCGAAAAACUUAUGAAUUGUUUUGGUGCCAAGACCUUUAUACGCAAUUAACUCUCCAGUUAUUACGGAAACAUAGUGCCUUGUUGGACAGUAGUACAAGUGAAUAUCAAUAUCGAGACGAAAUAGUAAAUCCUCUUCUGGCGUCGAUAUUUUAUGAUGUCGAGAAUGCAUUAUGGUUGAAAACAGGAGAAAUUGAAAAUACAACACGAAAACGACAACGCAAUUUUUCAAAACAUGAAAACGAACGCGAAAGACUUGGUGACAAACAUGAUGGUACACCAGUCGAAAUCGGUUUUUUAGAAGUAGUGGGUAAUGCGUUUACCAAGAUAAUAUCCGACAAAAAUGAUGAUCUCGAGAAACUCUUAAAAGCCAUAAUGAUAUGUCUUUGGUACCAACAUGCACAUCAAUCUGAAGAAAGUAUUCCGGGAGACAUGAAAUUGCAAUCAUUUUCGAUUUUGGUAUUCGGGCGAGAAUUUCAUAUUUUAAGCAUGCACUUCAUAGAUGGCAUGUAUAUUGUUGAUGAAUUCGAUGCCUUUGUUAUACCAGAUUCGGGUAUGGAUUUUUUGCAAAUCGAAAUUAUCGUUGAAUUAGUGAAAAAAUUCAAAAUACUACUGAUAAAGUACUUUCGUCAACUUGUCCAAACCCCACGUAAGGUGACUCGACUUCCAAAAUCAGGAUUACCAACUGCUUCCCCGUUAAAGUCUAAGCCUAAAUAA